GAGCCCGAAGUGGACCGGCGUGCCCCCGCUCCGCGAGGCGCUGGGGACGGCGCCAGGUCUGGGCGCGUGGGCCCGGGCUACCAGCCCAACGCCACCGGAGGCACCGCGGCAGGCGCGCAGCCUGCACGCGGGGCCCCACCGCGGAGGCCUGUCGCGGGGCGGGAGGCGCCCUGCGCGGACGGCGCCAAG